GCUCAAGCGCAUUUGGUGGGGCUGUCGGGCAAGGGAGCGCGCACGGAGCGCGGGACUGAGCGCCUGGCGGACGGACCGACGGACGGACGCCCCCGCACACGCAGACGCACAGAGCUCGGCGCGGCCCCCGUCACACACACAAUCGCGCAGAGACACACACAGGGACACACGCAGACACACGCACACUCGCGCGAGUACAUCCUCCCGCCAGCCUGCCUGCCCGCUCGCCGGCGCCCGGAGCCCGCUCUGGCCGUUUGCUUUUUGCUGAGAAACUUCCCACCCUGGCCUCAGAUGGCACCUUUCCCCAUCCGGACACCUUGGGAAUGAAGUUUGAGGGAGCUAGGAGUGAGAGAGAGAGCCUCGCCGCUGAUGACUCCGAGGGAGGGGCCCUGGACAUGUGCUGCAGUGAGAGGCUGCCGGGUCUCCCCCAGCCGGUAGUGAUGGAGGCGCUGGACGAGGCCAAAGGGCUCCCCAGUGUGCAGAGAGAGAUGCCACCGCCCCCACCACCCUCAGAGCCAGCUCAGAAACCACCACCUCAAGGCACCGGGAGCCACUCCCUCACUGUCAGGAGCAGCCUGUGCCUGUUCGCUGCCUCACAGUUCCUGCUUGCCUGUGGGGUGCUCUGGUUCAGCGGCUAUGGCCACAUCUGGUUGCAGAAUGCCACAGAUCUCAUCCUCUCCUCGCUCACAAUCCUGAAACAGCUGGGACCCACGGCCUGGCUGGGCGCAGGGACCUCGGGAGUCCCCAGUCUGCUGCUGGUCUCCCUGUCCGUGGGCCUGGUCCUCGUCACCACCCUGGUGUGGCACCUCCUAAAGGCUCCCCCGGAGCCGCCCACCCCGGUGCCCCCAGAGGACAGGCGCCAAUCUGUGAGCCGCCAGCCCUCCUUUACCUACUCAGAGUGGAUGGAGGAGAAAGUCGAAGAUGACUUCCUGGACCUGGAUCCGGUGCCCGAGACUCCUGUGUUUGACUGCGUGAUGGACAUCAAGCCUGAGGCUGACCCUGCCUCACUGACCGUCAAGUCCAUGGGUCUGCAGGAGAGGAGGGGCUCCAAUGUCUCCCUGACCUUGGACAUGUGCACCCCAGGCUGCAAUGAGGAAGGCUUCGGCUAUCUCGUGUCCCCACGUGAGGAGUCAGCCCACGAGUACCUGCUCAGUGCCUCCCGCGUCCUCCGAGCAGAGGAGCUCCAUGAAAAGGCCCUGGACCCUUUCCUGCUACAGGCCGAAUUCUUUGAGGCCUCCAAGAGGAGGAAGAAGAAAGGGGCUGAGGCUCAGAAGCCCACUUCCUCAAUCAACUUCAUCAAUCAGAUGACUCACCCACCAGCACCCUCAGACCCACUGCUCCAGGAAAUCCCCAUGAACUUUGUGGAUCCAAAAGAGUACGACAUCCCUGGGCUGGUGCGGAAGAACCGCUACAAAACCAUCCUUCCCAAUCCUCAUAGCAGAGUGUGUCUCACCUCGCCCGACCCUGAUGAUCCUCUGAGUUCCUACAUCAACGCCAACUACAUCCGGGGCUACGGUGGAGAGGAGAAGGUAUACAUCGCCACACAGGGACCCAUUGUCAGCACGAUCGCUGACUUCUGGCGCAUGGUGUGGCAGGAGCACACGCCCAUCAUUGUCAUGAUCACCAACAUUGAGGAGAUGAACGAGAAAUGCACUGAGUAUUGGCCAGAGGAGCAGGUGGUGCAUGACGGCGUGGAGAUCACUGUGCAGAAAGUCAUUCACACAGAGGAUUACCGGCUACGACUCAUCUCCCUCAGGAGUGGGGCCGAAGAGCGAGGCCUGAAGCAUUACUGGUUCACAUCCUGGCCGGACCAGAAGACCCCAGACCGGGCUCCCCCACUCCUGCACCUAGUACGGGAGGUGGAAGAGGCAGCCCAGCAGGAGGGGCCCCACUGUGCCCCCAUCAUCGUCCACUGCAGUGCAGGGAUCGGGAGGACCGGCUGCUUCAUUGCCACCAGCAUCUGCUGCCAGCAGCUGCGGCAGGAAGGUGUGGUGGACAUCCUGAAGACCACAUGCCAGCUCCGUCAGGACAGGGGUGGCAUGAUCCAGACGUGUGAGCAGUACCAGUUUGUGCACCAUGUCAUGAGCCUCUAUGAGAAGCAGCUGUCCCGCCAAUCCCCAGAAUGACCACACUUCUCUUCCAAGGUCCAACUGGGUACUGCCCAGCCAGAGUCUGGGCCCUCACUACAGUCAUCCAGGGCCUUACUUGGGUCUGGCCUGCUCCCCUGAUCCUAUCUGUCCCUCUUCCUUCUCUUUGAUCUGCUCCCUCCCUCCUCUAUUAGCCUGGCCUGGCCCCUACCCCCAGCAUAGCUCUUCCUUCUGUACAUAUUGGGGAGUGUGGCAGGGUGGGGGAGGAAUGUGCCAGGCCAGGCCUGGGGCCCCAGGGCCUGACCCACCAUGCAGACCUGGGGCCUCAGUUUUUAAUGAUGGUUCCAUUGCUAUUUGAUCCAAAAUGUUUCCAUGCCUCACUCCAAGUGUCCUCCUGCUGUAGUGUGUUCUGUCUGUCCAUCCAUCUCUGCUGUCUAUACCGGACACUGUGUCUCCUCAGCCCAGGAAAGGAGUAAUGAGCUCCAGCCCCUAAGCAGCCCAGGCAGAGGUGCCUGCCUCAGGCCCCCAUUCCCACUUCUCCCAACAGGCAAAUUGCAUUUUGCACCCAGUUACUGGUACCAGUAGAUAGAGGAUGGGGCUGACAACAUGGAGGCCAGGCCUGGGGAGCUCCUGAGGGUUUGGCAGAGAUCCCAGCUAGGGAAGGUCUCUGGGUUGGGAUGGGCGUCACAGCCAGGGUGACCUCUUGGUGUCACAUGCCCUCAGGAUGCAUUGGAAGGGGACAGAUGGGGGUGGGGA